AAAGGAAAAGCAUAAUACGAAGCCAAAACGUACAAAACAAAAAACCAUUCCAAAGUUUUGAAAAUUAAAAAGAAAAAGAAAUAAAUUCAUUUUGUUUUCCAUUUGAUUAAUGAUGAUAGUUUAUCUCUAAUUCAAAUCAUUAUAACGCGCACACAUAAUAUUAUUUGCUUCCUAAUAUUGCCGCCAAUCCACAUUUCUGCUAGCAUCUUCCUACAUUUAUUCCAGCUCAUUAAACUCAAAUAUCUAAAUAACUUUAAAAUUCGAAGUUGAUAAAAGUUAAAAAAACAACAACAACAACAAACCACAUAUAAACAAUAUAAAAUAAAUCAAAAUGGCAACACCACCCGAAGUAGAUCAAGAUCAGAAUAUAUAUGUGAAUUUCGAUUCAAAAGGACCCUAUAUAUCCAUACCGCAAUUCUAUGCCGGCCGAAGUGUAUUCAUCACCGGUGGAACUGGUUUUAUGGGCAAGGUGCUAGUGGAGAAAUUGUUACGAUCAUGUCCGGACAUAAAAAACAUUUAUUUAUUAAUGCGACCCAAACGUGGACAAGAAGUAUCCAUGCGAUUAAAUGAACUAUUAAACUCACCACUGUUCGAUACAAUUCGCAAAGAAAAGCCAAAUGAAUUGAACAAAGUUACACCAAUUUGUGGUGACAUAACAUUACAUCAGCUCGGGAUUUCGGAAAGUGAUCAAACCCUAUUGUGUCGCAAUGUAUCUGUAGUGUUUCAUUCAGCAGCAACAGUUAAGUUCGACGAAAAAUUAGAGCUAUCUGUUAAAAUCAAUAUGUUAGGUACAAAACGUUUAGUUGAAUUGUGUCAUCGGAUGUUGAACUUAGACGCACUUGUUCAUGUUUCAACCGCGUAUUGCAAUUGUGAUCGAACUGAAAUCCAGGAAGUAAUCUACAAAACGCCGUACGAUCCAGCCAAUAUUAUUAACUUGAUAAGUUGGCUGCCAGAGGAUGUUUUAGACAAGCUAACACCAUUGCUGAUUGGAAAAAGGCCAAAUACAUACACGUUCACGAAGGCACUCACCGAGCAAAUGCUGCUUGAAGAAGCUGGAAAUUUACCGGUAGCUAUCGUCCGACCAUCAAUAGUGAUUGCGUGUUUUAGUGAGCCGGCUGCUGGUUGGUUGGACAACUGGAAUGGACCGACUGCAAUAAUAUCAGCGGUUGGUAAUGGCCUCUUCCGGACAAUAAUAUGUGAAAAAGAUUUUUUAUGCGACGUAAUUCCCGUUGACAUCGUUAUAAAUCUGGUAAUAACAGCUGCUUGGAGAACGGCAACAACCAAAUCACGUGACAUGAAAAUCUAUAAUUGCGUGACAAGCCGACAACAACCAAUUACAUGGGGUGAAUUUGUGGGUUAUUCAAUACAGAAUAUGAUUCGACAUCCGAUGGAAGGUGUUAUAUGGUAUCCAACGGGCGCCUUACGCAUGAAUCGCCUCAUAAAUGCUGUACAAGGAUACUUUGUACACUACAUUCCAGCCUAUUUUCUCGACAUGUUUGCUUGGGCCAUGGGAAAGAAACCAAUAAUGAUCAAGAUCCAGAAUAAAUUGGAGAAGGCAGUUGGUUGUUUAGAAUACUUCACAACACAUCAAUGGCGUUUCACCGAUGACAAUGUUCGUGAAUUGCUUACGCAUAUGAACACAAGUGAUCGAAAUACGUUUCAAUUUGAUGUUACUCAGAUUGACUGGGAUACUUACUUUGAGCGAUAUAUUCUAGGAUUAAGAGCAUUCUUAUGCAAACAAAAUCCGAAAACAUUGCCAAGUAGUAGAAAAAAAAUGACAAUAUUAUACAGUGUGCACCAAAUGUCCAAAAUUCUCAUAGUAAUAUUCACAUGGCGAUUCUUGAUGGCGCGAUCAAAGAAAAUCCGUGACGCAUGGUCGGGAAUUCUGCGCAUUAUACUCCAAACUUUAAGUCUUUUACCAUUCUUUUAAAAUAGUAGACAGUUCAAAAACAGAAAAUUAAUAUUUAUAUAACAUUGAGUCUAUCCCAAAUAAGCACAACCAGAGACAUAUAUAUAUAUAUAAUAUAUCAUAUAUAUGUGUGUGCUGUUUGGUUUGUGUAGAUUAAAAUAAAAAGAAAGGAGAGAUUUGGUGUGCGGGAUUUUUUAGGCCUUUCCUUUGUUAUUCAAUAACGAGCAAAUGAACAUUUAUAAAAAAAGCAACAUAUUGAGCAUGCUUCCAAAUCGUCUUCAAUAGAUUUAUAUAUACAUCAUAUAAAUCGCAAUCUAUUUUCAAAUGCAUUUUAUACGAAAAAGAAAAAUGCUAUCUGAAACUGAAAAUGUCUAAUAAGAUUCUCACACAGUAAUUGGAAUUUCAUUGGUAUUCUUGAGUCAUAUGCAAAAAAAACCUGAAUCAUUGGCUUAAAAUUGUCAACAUAUGUGCGGCUAAAAGCUUGCCAUUCUUCCAAAUAUAUUUAUUGUUUAUUUUAAAAUCCUGUUCAAUGCAAUGGGUCAUUCAUCUUCUGAAACUUGUUAAAUUCAUUUUUUUUUUCUCGAGUGUAUCGCACACAAAAAAAGAGAUAUAAUUUCCGUUUGAUAUGCCACCAUCAAUUUGGAUUGUGUUCAUAAUGCUAACAAUUUAAAUGAGAAACGCUCACAGCAUUUUGGCCUGUGGUAGUUAAUUUCUAUUUUAAUGUCAUAGCUUUUAGAGUUUCCCUGCCUAAUUUAAAUUAUUAAGUAGAAAUUCAUUUAUUACCAUGUCUAACAUGGGCACAUGUAUUUAUCAGUAAAACAAAAUGAAUUGAAUAAAAUUUCUGUAAGAACGUGAUUCAGGUUAAUCAAUUCUGUUGUUGUACUAAAUAAAAUAAAUUUUAUCCCAGGGAACAAAAAAAAACAUAACAAUUUCCCUUCCCCGAAUGUAACAAUAACAAUAUUCGCUUAAUGAUAACGCUUCCAGCCGUUUGUUACUCCCAAUAAAAAAACAUUAUUGAUAAUUUUGAAUGAAAGUGGUUAUUUGUAAGGGAUAUAGAGUUAAAUUUGCAUACUAGAUAUUAAUGAAUUAACUAUGCUAGUUCCCAGAAGAACAAGAAAAAUAAGAGGAAAAAAAUACAAAAUCUACUGUACAAACGAGCGCAUAAACACACAAAAGUUGUCAUUCGAAAUUUCCAUUGUAUAAAAAAAAUAUAUACGAUAUUUGAACCGCCUAGAAUAAAUCAGCAUUACUAGAUAAAUGUUCAGUAACGCAUUUGAAGACAUUUAUCUAGUAAUGUUGAUUUAUUCUAAGGGAUUCAUUUAUGUAUAUCAAUAAAAGAAUUCAUCCGAUUUCCAAUUGAUUUUAAUUUGAUUUUGUGAAAGAUUUACUUUCAUAACAGAAACGUGAAAUCAGACGAUCUUUAUGUUUUUUUUUUUUUUUUAUUACAUUCAUACACAAUAAGGAAAUUCCGCCAAGUAGUAAUUUAUAAAUUUUAACCAAUAGUUACAAAAAAACAACAACAACCGAUCCAAUAAUCAAUGCAAAAGAAAUGUUCGGCAGACUGAGAUUAGGCAUCUGGUAGUGUGUCCAGUUUUAAGCUGAUAAACAUUUUUUGCGUUUUCAGUUAGCGCAAGAAAGUGGUGCAAAGUCAAUUUGUUUGCCCAAUAAUGGACAAUUAUAUUCAUAAAAUGUAGUUACGAAUAAAUUCAUGACCCACGAAGAAUAAAUGAAAUACAAAUAAAAUUAAAUACAUGACAUUAGUGAUAGAUUUUAAUCAAUAGGAAAUUUCAAAUGCAAUGGUUAUGCGAUAAUUGAACUGGUUUUUGUACACACAAUUAUAUUCAGCCGAUAUGAAGAUGAGUUUUACAAUAUUAUUAUUAUUAUGGUUUAUUUAUUUGCUAAAAAAAUCCAAGCGCAAGUGACUCAUUCCUUUUUGAACAAACUUUUCAUUUUAAAAUAGUUUCAUUUUACAAUUACAAAGAAAAAAACAUUACUAUUUUAUAAAUGAACAAAGACGCAU